AUGGAAGAUAAACAAAAAUAUUCGUCCAGAACUCGGAAAAUAUUUGAAAUGGUUAGUGCGAAACACACUAAAAGCACUAUUAUAACAAACAAACAGGAUGAAUUGUCUUUAAAUUUAGAAAAAUGUACAUGGUACGACGAACUUGGACAAGAAAUAUCUGGUAAUCCUUUAAUCGAUAAACAAUGUCAACCUACACUUAGUUUAUCUGUACAUGACGACUUGGCUGCAUCCAAAAAUUUGGAAGAAGAAAAUGUUCUUUUUGAAAAUGCUCCCGAAGGAACCUCUUUACCACUAAUGAGUGAUUCCUCCUUAAAUAUCAGCAGCGGUAAUAAUAAUGUUAUCGACAUAAUAUUAAAUAACAUGACUGACGCUACUCAAAAUGAUUUACUACCAUUAGACCCGGAAGCUGACGAACGAAUAACAAAAUAUUUGGAGUUUAAUGAUGUUCUACAAUUCACAAAUAACAUCGAUCCUGAAGAGGAAGUUGGGCAACAUAGCCAAUCAACAAAAUCAAAUCUUAAUACGCAUGCACCAGAAACAGAAGAACAUACUCAAAUAGUGAAAGAGAAGGAAAACGAACAAGUAGAAGAAUGCACUCAAACAGUACAAGAACCACGUGACCCUAAUUUUGUACCAGAUGAAAGCGCGGCAGAAUCGUCGGAUUCCGAUGCUGUCAUUUUAAAAAGUAGAAAAAGGAAAGGUAUGGCAACGGAAAAGAAGUGGACUGACUUUAAAAACAAAAAAUUAAGACAAGAAGGAAAGGCAUACGUUGGUUGGAGCAGACCGAAAAAUACGCCAGCAAAGAGAGGAACAAAAAGAGAAGAAAGAAAAAUAGGGCCACGCUGUGGUUCAACCUUGUACUAUGAAAAUGGAUAUGAAAUUGGAGAAUUUUCGGAUAGCGAAAACGAUUAUGAGGCGGAGGAGGAUGAGGAAGACGAUGAACAAAGUGCUUGUGAAAGUGAACAGGGUGAUGAAAAUAAACAGAACAGUGACAAUGAAAAUGAAGAACACAGUGAAAAGAAAAGUGAACAAGCUGGUGAGAAUAACAGUGAACAAGCUAGUGGAAAUAACAGUGAACAAAACAAUGCUCAUGAGAAUGAACAAAGCAAUGAGCAAGAGAGGCCUCCAAGAGCGGCGAGAAAUAAAAGCGUUCUAAGAGGAACUUUUACUUUGUUGGAAAAAGAAGUUAACCGAGGUGAUGAACCAGAAAGUGCUGAUUUAUAUUUUUUCCGAAGUUUACUGCCAUAUAUGAAACCUUUAUCGCUAUUUGAUAAAUUAGAGUUUAGAAGUAGUAUACAACAAUUAGUAUUCGACAAAUUUAAGGAAACAAGAAGAAAACCAUCACUCAACAGCAGCCACCGGUGCAAUAGAAACAGCAAUCUGUUACUCAAAGGCAGCCACUGGUGCAACAGAAACGGUGCUCUUAUUCAUUUCCACGCAGGCCACUCCAGUUACAAAGGGAAUCCCAAAAUGAUGAAACACUAA